AGUUAUCCAUCCGCCCCAGUACCACUAACUAGUUCUGACUCUACCAUGUCACCACUAACUAGUCCUACAUCUACCCCAGUACCACUAACUAGUACAACAUCUACCCUAUUACCACUAACCACUACAUCCAUCCCAGUACCACAAACUAGUUCUCCAUCCACCCUGGUACCACCGAAAAGUCCUGACUCUACCAUGGCACCACUAACUAGUCCUACAUCUACCCCAUUACCACUAACCACUACAUCCAUCCCAGUACCACUAACUAGCUAUCCAUCCACCCCAACACCAAUAACUAAUUCUGACUCUACCAUGGCAUCACUAACUAGUCCUACAUCUACCACAGUACCACUAACUAGUUAUCCAUCCACCCCAGUACCACUAACUAGUCCUACAUCUACCCCAGUACCACUAACUAGUUCUGACUCUACCAUGGCACCACUAACUAGUCCUACAUCUACCCCAGUACCAACAACUAGUACAACAUCUACCCUAUUACCACGAACCACUACAUCCAUCCCAGUACCACUAACUAGUUAUCCAUCCACCCCAGUACCACUAACUAGUUCUGACUCUACCAUGUCACCACUAACUACUCCUACAUCUACCCCAGUACCACUAACUAGUACAACAUCUACCCUAUUACCACUAACCACUACAUCCAUCCCAGUACCACAAACUAGUUCUCCAUCCACCCUGGUACCACCGAAUAGUCCUGACUCUACCAUGGCACCACUAACUAGUCCUACAUCUACCCCAUUACCACUAACCACUACAUCCAUCCCAGUACCACUAACUAGCUAUCCAUCCACCCCAACACCAAUAACUAAUUCUGACUCUACCAUGGCAUCACUAACUAGUCCUACAUCUACCACAGUACCACUAACUAGUUCUGACUCUACCAUGGCACCACUAACUAGUCCUACAUCUACCCCAGUACCAACAACUAGUACAACAUCUACCCUAUUACCACGAACCACUACAUCCAUCCCAGUACCACUAACUAGUUAUCCAUCCACCCCAGUACCACUAACUAGUUCUGACUCUACCAUGUCACCACUAACUACUCCUACAUCUACCCCAGUACCACUAACUAGUACAACAUCUACCCUAUUACCACUAACCACUACAUCCAUCCCAGUACCACAAACUAGUUCUCCAUCCACCCUGGUACCACCGAAUAGUCCUGACUCUACCAUGGCACCACUAACUAGUCCUACAUCUACCCCAUUACCACUAACCACUACAUCCAUCCCAGUACCACUAACUAGCUAUCCAUCCACCCCAACACCAAUAACUAAUUCUGACUCUACCAUGGCAUCACUAACUAGUCCUACAUCUACCACAGUACCACUAACUAGUUAUCCAUCCACCCUGGUACCACUAACUAGUCCUACAUCUACCCUAGUACCACUAACUACUACAUCUACCCCCGUACCACUAAGUAGUACUCUAUCCACCCCAGAACAGCUAACUAGUCUUGUACAAAGACCAUUGCCACUAACUAGUUCUCCAACUAGCCUGGUGACCCUAACCAGUAUUGUAUCUACCAUGGUACCAUUAACUAGUCCUUCAUCUUCCCCAAUAUCACUGACAACUCCUAACCUCAAACCAUCAGUGCCCGACACAGCCUACAGUACCUCCCCAGAUUCACCACUAGAUGACAGUACACACACAGAUCCCAAAGAUACUGGACCAUUGGUUGUCUAUUUGACGUUUUCUGUCCUUUCUGGGGAGAACAGUGAGGAGGCUAUAGUCAAUGCCUUACAGAAUUUUUUAUCCCAGACCCAAGCCUACAUACAGGGGAAGCAGACCAAUGCAAUCCUCAACAUGAGGAUCAGACAGAUCAGAAAGAAAUGAUGACAAGAUCUCCUCCACAGUGACUUCUUCUCACCAACACUCUUCACAUUAUAUUUGAGAACAUACCACCAGGAGGCAGUGAACCUCUGAAUGGUGUGGACUUUUGCAAGAAGGGGGCUAUUUUAUAUUGUGUAAAUGUAAGCAUUCAAUAUGAUCUUCUGCUUGAGUAGCCAAAGCCAUAAAGAGAAUGAACAUUGCUAACAUUUUAAGAAUGUGUAAGGCGUAGUUUAUUCACUUAAUUUGUGGGCAGACAGACUCCCUAGACUUACAUAACCAGUUUAACCGUUUUUAUACUUGCUGCCAUCAGUUGUCUUGUGUAAUAAUUUGUGGUAGUGGUGGUUCUGUUACCUAUGUUCUUUUUGUGAAUAGGCCAUCUAUUGUCAUAUGGCCAUUGUGUUUUUACAGCAUGCUGCAAACCAAAUUGCACUCUGUGGACAGUAACGGAAAACAAUAUGCUUAUUUCAUAUAAGCAUUGGCUAAUGUGGUGACUGUUUAUUCCUAUUUCUCAUUCCUAUUUAGAACAUAGUCUUCGGUUCUAAUAGUUUUGUCGUUGCCUAGCCUAAUGCAGUAGGAAUUUCACGAUUUUACAUGGUAUGGCCAUGAAAACAUCUGCCUACAUCUUUAUGCUGGUGACCUUGGUCUGAAACUUCAGGAGGCGUUAAAGAGUAGACAGGAGGAUGAGACCGAUAUCAAAUUAUAAGAGGAAAGAAAACAACCGACCAACAGCCUACAGGCCCAGUUUCUGUUAUUACAGUCAUUCUCUCCCUCUCCCUCUCUCACUCCCUCUCUCACUCUCACUCAAACACACACACACACACACGCACAUGUAAUAAUAGAUUCAAUGAGUCCUGCACGUUUUGUGACCUGAUCAUGCUCACCUGACGCAGGACAUUCUGUUGUGGCCCUAAGGCUAAAAAGCCUC